AUGCUUCAAUCGGUAGCGGAAUUUGUCUUGCAAUAUUCACCGCAGUCGAGUCCACAGACGUUCUCAUCUCUCGUAUUGGUGACUGCUGCAAUCUUCUGCAUUGUGAGCGUCUUACUAAGCCUUGUUCGGCAAAGGAAACUUGCUGUUAAGUCAGUCGAUGGAGUACCGGGACCGGAUGGUCACUGGCUGAAGGGACAUCUUGAUUACGUAAGUUCUAAACAAGCUGAGUCAGGUUGUGGGCCGAAAUGAUAUCUUGUGGCGAUGUCACGAACCCGGUCCAUUACUCACUGUAGCGUAUGAUGAACUUCGUUCGAUUCCUUUUUAAAUUAAAAUAUUAUCCAAAUCUGUCAGGAUUUAUUUCGUUGGCCCUUUUAUCAGACAAGGCUAUAGCGAACGAAAGCUCAAGUACCUGAAAAUUUACGGUUUGACUUCUUACAACAAAACUAAACAAACUGAAGUUACAAUGAUUCAGCGUGAACAAGCUGAGGCUCAUUUUUAAACUGUUACGUUAUGAGCUAACGUUGCGUGACGAGCGAAGACGGUUGUAAGACCUAUCGCGCAACAGGCUCCCUUUUAUUUGCGUGACGAGGUAGGCGAAGACCGCUAAGGGAACUAACCUCAAGGGAUGAACUUAUCUUAACAUGCGACAAAUUGAUUUAUGCAUGUCUGCUUCUUUAAGGGUACGCUAAUCAAGCUGAUUGAUUUCAUGACACUUGCCUGUCAAUGUCAUCUGUAGGCACGAUUUGACGGAGCUGGACUUCAAUUCCACGAGAAAUGCGCUGAAGAAUUCAAAACUUGUUACCGCCUGUGGUUUGGCCCACUCAAGCCACUAGUAGUCCUAUGUCACCCGGAAACAGUCAAAGUCAUUCAGUCCAGUAAUGCACCCAAAGAAAAACUUGUGUACAACCUUGUCAGACCAUUCAUUGGUGAGUUGCAACUUCAUCAUCAUCGUCAUCACUUUUAUUGUCAUCAUCAUUAUCGAGUAAAUGAAAACUACGCUACCUAGAUAGAUGGAGAUCUCUAAUCAGGUGAUAGACCUAAUUAUACCUUGGGGCUAGUCUAAUCUUUCUAACUGCUGACUGAAGCAACAAGUGUGAAGAUAAAGCUGUAAAAUGUCGUGUAUGCUUGUAGGAGAUGGCUUGGUAACUUCAUAUGGAGACAAGUGGUUUCGAAUGAGAAGACUCCUCACUCCGGCUUUCCACUUUGAGAUUCUAAAGCCGUACGUUCAAGUUUUCCAGGAAUCUACCGAUGUCCUUCUGGUAAGGAACUGAAGCAUUCACACGUGAUUUUAAGGAGAAAUGUUUACUUUAUAACCAGCGGAAAAGUCCCCCCUCCCCCCGGCGGAAAAAUGCUUCUUUCCAACUUAAAGUUUCGAUAAGAAAGGUUAACAUUGUAUUCGACAUUUUCGAUUUGGCAGGAAGGUUGGAUCAGGGGAAUUAGAAUACGAACAGUCCCUCCUUUUCGGGGAAGUCCGUUGCGCAAUUAAAAGAAAGAAAACAGAAAUAUAAUCGAAAAAAAAAUAAUAAUAAUGAUGAUAACUGAUACUAGCCCGCUGCGCCUCACUCCAAGAGUUCCACGCGGCGCGCUACCAUAAAUUUCAUUUGUUUUCGUUGCUUCUUUCACUCGCGUGACGGACCUCGCCGAAAAGGAGCUAGUGGCUGUCCUCAAUGUAAGGGAGAGGCGAACUCCAAUACAAUUUGGUAAGAAAAAAAGUUAAAGGUACCAAUACCUGUGCUACUUAUUGGUCAAAUGGAAAUUUCAAAAAUGGCUUUUUCAGAAGCCUUUUACAGCAAAUCAUGAUAUUCUUCUUUCAGGAAAAAUGGUCUUCUCAGCAGGGUGGGGAAGUGGAGUUGUUUCAUCAUGUUAGUCUGAUGACAUUAGACUCCGUUCUCAAAUGUGCACUCAGCUACAGAACCAACUGCCAGACUCAAAAGUAAGAAUUGAAGCUAUGAGAUAUAGCAGACACAUUUAGAUAGCUAACCUGUAUGUCAAAAAAAAUUGUUUUCAAAGAAUUAGAUUAAGACCGCGUGAUUUCUAUAGGGUUGUGUUUGACGAGGGGGAAACCCGCGCUAGCUAUUACGCAUAGAGAUCGAGAGCGACUGCUCUGAUUGAGUUCGUAUAAAUCUAAUAACUGUGGUCGUUCAAAACUUGACAACUGACCGGACUGCGAUGUUUGUCAUUGGACGGUAGACGAUUCUUUCCAAAUUUUCCUUGUCUACUCUACCAGUGCUGUACAUCACUGUGAAAACCUUUGCUCAAGAGAUACUUGAGAGUAGUCCAGGGAUGUAAACAGCAUUUUCCGGUAAAAGAGGGGAGGGGGAGGGGGGCUUUCCUUAUCAGUAUCUUAAUACAUUUGAAGUUAUUUUAGGUUCUUCUAUUAUUAUAAGUGAUCACUUUCUCUUAACAAGGAAGAAGUAACAUAAAGCUUAGGACUCCCUAUUGCUUACACCCUUUACUCUAAGUAAUAUACCAGGUGAUGUGUCGUUUGUUUCGUUUUUCGCAUUUCAGAAAACAGGAUCCUUACAUUGUGGUUGUUUAUGAAGCCUCAGGUCAGAUUUUGGACAGACUGAUGUAAGAAACAUAUUUAACUGGCAUUGCAUUGCAUUGCAUUGCAUUACAUCGCAUUACAUCGCAUUGCAUUGCUCUUGUUCCUUUCUUCAGUCUUCUUCCUCUUCCUCCCUCACCAAGUCUCUCCUUCCUCUUCUUUAUGCCUCUUUCCUCUGGUCUUUUAUCCCUGUUCUUCUCUCAUCCUCAUCCUCUCACUCCUCAGUGUUACACAAAUCUAUUUUUUCAUGCCUAUUCUACUUGUAUACCGUUUUGUAGGAAUCCCCUCAUUCAUAAUGACACCAUCUAUAAGCUGACGCCUGACGGAAGAAGGUUCUUUAAGAACUGUGCAUUUGUUCAUGCAAAAGCAGAUGGAAUAAUAAAAGCCAGGCGUAAAGCUCUACAGGAUGACGUGAGUUUUGAUAAGUUUAUCGAUUGUAUUUGAAAACUUAGGCCGUAUCAAUGAACUUUUAUUUGUUCUUACGUCAGGAGGAGAAAGAGAAACUCAGGAAAAAGAAGCAUUUGGAUUUCCUUGAUAUUCUACUGGAGGCAAAGGUAAUUAAGAAGACUCAGCGCUGUUUGUUCAAAGCAGUACCUUUAAAUUGAUAAAAAUAGAUCGACGUCAGUAUCUGAGCAACUGUGCCCUUGCGCCUCCCCUUCCCACAACAUUAACAGUUGUUGGCUAAGGGGAGGGGUAGGUACGCAAUUGCUCCGAUUCUAACUUUGAUCCAUGAAAAUCUACCCCACCCACCCUCUGUGUUCAUUUUUUCGCACUACGACUCUUAUCGAGCUUGGUGUUGUUUUUUCUCUCUAUGAUUCAGGACGAAAAUGGAAGCAGCUUAACAGACGAAGAAAUAGUCGGAGAAGUUGUGACAUUCAUGUUUGCAGGGCACGACACCACGGCAAGCGGUGUGUACAAUAAGAUCUCAUUUCAAACGAAGACCUUAGUAAAAAACCUCCGGCAGCCUAGUACCUUUUGCCCUUGAAAGACAAAAGGUAUUUAUCCGGUCUACUUUAUUUACCAUUUUAGUUAUUUCGUGGACUUUGUACAAUUUGGCCAGAUUCCCUGAGCACCAAAAGAAAUGCCUGGAGGAGAUUGAAGAAGUGUUUGGAAACAGUCAUGAGAUAGAGUGGUGAGGAACAGUUAAUUUUCCUUCUGUAAAAGAUAUUUGGAGCUUAUCAUCUCUAUACCCUAUUUCAGGCCACUUGACGGCCCUGUGAGGGAUGCCUUCUCUUAAAAGUUUUCGAAUAUCGACGUGUGUGUGGGAAAUUGAUGGUUUGGCUUGAUUAUCUUGUCAUUUAGCCUCUACUGUGACAUCAUUAUACUAAUGGCGUAAUGUGUGUUUUCACAGGAAGCAGCUCGGCAAACUGAAAUAUCUCCUCAUGUGUAUCAAGGAGAGUUGCCGGUUAUUCGCCCCAGUCCCCAUUAUCAGUCGAACAUUGGACAGGACCUAUGAAAUUGAUGGCCAUUUGGUGCCGGAAGGUACUGUGUGUAUUGAUCACAAACGUUCCUGACUUGUCAGAGGCAUGCAUUUGUCAAUAGCCCUCAUUCCAAGUUGUCACUCACUAACAGGGGGAAGGAGGUGGUUUUUUUCAGGUUUGGGAAGAGCAUGGGGUCCUGUGUUUGCCUAUUAUUGAUAUUUGUGAAUAUGUCAAGUUGUUAUAUUUUUUGAACGGUUUAUUAAAAUUUAUUUGUCCCUCAAAAAGUUGCUAAGAAUGAUGCAAACAGCCUGAGCGUUGUCAACAUCGAGUGGUGUUGGGACCAGGCAGAAAACGUAUGAUUCCUUUCCCACUUCCCUCCCCCCCUCCAAUGUUGUUCGCGUUAUUUACCAUAUCCUUCAAGUUCUUAACUGUUCUUUAUCCCAAAAGAAGGCAAAAUGAUAAAAUAAAUACUUCAUAUAUAUGCUCUGAAAAAACAUUUCAUUUUCGUCAGGUACUUGGGUGAUGACCAACGUCUACGCUUUACAUCUUAACCCACACGUGUGGAGAGACCCUAAGGUUUGUGUUUUUGAAUUAGCUCCCUAUCGACAGAUUAUCGUCAAAAAGUGAUUGCUGGUAGAUGUUCUUCAACAAUUUUGCGCCGGAUUAUAAGUGACGCCAACAGAAAUUAGAAUUCUUCUUUCGGUAUUUGGUGGAGAAUUUUAACUUGAACAUACACUUAUCAAAUAUUCUUGUCACUUUUACUAUAAAUGUUAAAUUCCUUUGGUUUCCGAUUUAAAACAGAAGUUCGACCCACUGCGCUUCACGACUGAAAACGCUAAAGAAAUGUCACCAUAUGCCUUCAUACCGUUUUCGGCUGGUCCAAGGUAAAUAUCGGGACUGGUAUGUGACUGAUGUUGGUGUAAUUUACUGGUAUUGCAUGGUUGGUGUGACGCUCCUGAUUAUGUUUUAUUUAAAGCUUAAUAUCUAAGUUCUAAUUCCGGAGUGCAUUCUUCGGUUCCAGAAUCGAGCUGAAACACGGGUUCACAAACUGGGGAACCAUACUUGUGCCAUUACCUUCCAGUCCUGAGAAACGUUUAAUCAACGCACUGCAAGUUUUCCCACGCUUGCGUGUAGCAUGUGUUUUCUUGCACUUAAUAUUGCAUUACGUGUUUUCCCGCGCUUGACUGUGCGUUACACAUUUUCCCGCGCCUAGCACUGCGUAGUACAAUUUCCCGCGCUUAAACUGCGUUGCACAUUUCCCGCACUUGACAAUGCGUUUCAAGUUACCUAAAUUCGACACUCAAGCACGCACAGUAUUUUGCCGAGCUUUACUCUGAAAUGAUACAGUUUCUGGCCCUAAGCAAACUUUUUCUGUCACCCAGCCACAUUUUUAUCUCAGUGUUAAUUAUUCUCGUGUUAAACAGGAACUGCAUUGGACAAAGCUUUGCCUUGACGGAAGUCAAACUGUCUUUGGCUAUGAUCAUACGCAAGUUAGUGAAGUUUAUAUUUUUAGGAAUAAACACUUAAUUAUUCUUAGUUUGCUUACUCGUCAUUUCAUGCUUUUGUCAUUUGGCAAAUAUAUUCAAGUAUUUAAAGUAUUUAUAUACUUUCUUUUCUUCUUUUUUUAUUUCAAUUUGUAUGUAUUGAUACAAUUUGCUUUUUUUUUCUAUUAUUUUUACAGGUUCAAGUUAUCUGUCAGUCCUGACAAUUACGUGCCAAUCGAAGACAUGAUUCCUGAGCUAAUUUUGCGAGCUAAGAAUGGGAUAAAAGUCAAUAUUGCCCCUCGAGCUUAA